AUGGAUGAUGUGAUGGCUAAAAGCUUUUGGAGAGAUACGGAGGUGGGUUAUUCCUUUUCCAAUUCUUUGGGCCGUUCGGGGGGAAUUCUUACCAUGUGGAAAAAGGAUGUUGUUGAUGUCGAGAAUAGUUUUAAAGGGGACGGUUUUGUGGGAAUCAAAGUGUCGUGGAACAAUCAUUUCUACUAUGUGGUGAAUGUUUAUUCUCCUUGUGAGCAUAGAAAAAAGAAAGCGUUGUGGAAGGAACUUCUAGGAUUGAUGGAGAAAUUCAAAGAUGGGGAAUGGAUUUUAGGAGGUGAUUUUAACGCUAUUAAAAAUGGGGGAGAAAGAAGAGGAAGGGCGGUUUUGGAGAAUCAAAGAGAGAUGAAUUUAUUUGCGGAAUUCAUAGAUAAGACUCUUUUGGUGGACAUACCUUGUAAAGGGAAGAAAUUUUCUUGGUUUAGUGGUGAUGGCAAGUCGAAAAGUAGAAUUGACCGGUUCCUUUUAUCUAGUAAGGUUUUGAGUAGAUGGGAGGUGAUUGGCCAAUUCAUUGGAGACCGGGAUGUAUCGGAUCAUUGUCCUAUUUGGGUGAAGUCGGACAAGGUGAAUUGGGGGCCUAAACCUUUUAGAUUCAAUAAUGAGUGGUUCGCUUUUGAGUCUUUCAUUCCGUUUGUGGAGGGAGAGUGGAUGAGUUUGAAGAUAGAGGGAAGAGGUGAUUUUGUUUUAAAAGAAAAGCUUCGGCUCUUAAAAGACAAACUUAAAUGGUGGAUUAAGGAGGUGUUUGGGAGGAUUGAGUUGGAGAUGGAGGAUGGGGUCCGUGAGAUGAACUUUGCCGAUGAGAAGUUAAUGGAGGAUGAUUAUGCUAACUUUGAUGAGAAUAUGUGCUUGAGAAGGGAAGCGUGUGGUAAAUUUUGGAAGAAUUUAAGGUUAAAGAAAAGUAUGCUUCUUCAAAAAUCUAUAGUGAAUUGGCUUAAAGAAGGAGACAACAAUAGUGGUUUUUUCCACAAAAUUAUGAAACAAAGAAGAAGGAUGAAUCACUUAGGGCCUUUAUAUCACGAGGGGAGGAUGGUAGAGACGGUGGAGGAAAUGAGGGAAGAGGUGUUCAAUCACUUUAAUGAAAAGUUUUAUGAAGACGAUAUGUCUUUCUUUGAAGGGAAUUUCAUUUCAAGGGCGGUGAGUUCUUCAUUCCUUACUCUUAUUCCCAAAUGCAAAAAUCCCUUGAGUUUGAACGAUUAUAGACCUAUUUGCUUAGUGGGAUGCAUGUACAAGGUGGUGGCCAAGCUUUUGGCGGGUAGAUUAAAGGGGGUGCUUAAUUCGAUUAUAUCAAAUUCUCAAAGUGCUUUUGUUCCCGGAAGACAAUUGUUGGAUGGGGUUUUGGUGGCGAAUGAGGUGGUGGAUUUUGCUAGAAAAGAGGGAAAAAAUUGUCUUCUUUUCAAGGUCGAUUUUGAGAAGGCUUAUGACAAGGUUAAUUGGAGUUUCUUGAGAUACAUGCUAAAAAGGAUGGGAUUUGGUGAUAAAUGGACGAGGUGGAUGGAAUUGUUGAUUUUUAAUAGUAAGAUGUCGGUGCUUGUGAACGGGAGCCCUUCAAAGGAGUUCUCAGUUCAUAAGAGUUUGAGGCAAGGAGAUCCUCUUUCUCCUUUCCUUUUUGUGUUAGUGGCGGAAGGAUUAACGGGUAUUGUGAAGCAAUCUAUCCAUAUUGGAGAACUUCAAAAUUUCAUCCUAAGUGAUUCUUAUAGUGUAGACAUUCUUCAAUUUGCGGAUGACACAUUGAUCAUGGGGGAAGGGAGUUGGAAACAUGUCCGUGCUUUGAAAGCGGUUCUUAGGGCUUUCGAAAUUGUUUCGGGGUUAGGCAUUAAUUUCCAUAAAAGUGGAAGAAUUACACUUUUGAAGUCCGUGCUUAGCUCCUUAGCUAUCUUCACCAUGUCUUUCUACAAGGUUCCGUCUAGAGUGGUGAAGAAUUUUACUAGUAUCCAAAACAAAUUUCUUUGGGGGGGAGUGGAGGAAAAGAGGAAAAUUCAUUGGGUAAAGUGGAGCGAUGUUACUUUGCCUUUUGAGGAUGGAGGGUUAGGAGUGAAAAAUAUCAACUUGUUCAAUUUUGCUCUCCUUUGCAAAUGGAGAUGGAGAAUUCUUGAAGGAAGUAAUUCUUUAUGGUACAAGGUUUUGAAAUCUAGAUUUAAAGUGCAUAGCGGUUUUUCCAAUCCGUUUUGGGAAUCCUCUUGGUUGGAUGAGAGACCCCUUAGAGAGGCUUUUCCGAUUAUCUUUGAUAAGUCGUUCUUGAAAAAGGUUUCGGUUGCGGCCAUAGGAGGUUGGGAAGAGGGUAUAUGGAAGUGGGGUGAUUUAGGUCUGAAAGAAGGGGUGUUGGGGGAUGAAGGGGCCGUUAGUAUGUAUGGCGCUCUUAAGUGCCGGUUGGAGGACUUUAGGGGUAUGAAGGAAGGUAGGGAUGCCGUGGUGUGGAUGGGAAAGGCAGAUACGGGUUCAACUUACUCGGUUGCUUCAUGUUAUGAGUAUAUUAGGCGGGUUCGGACUCCUCAUGGGCCUUUUGACAAAAAUCCUGAGGCGUUUGGGAUUCUUUGGAAAUCGGAGGUUCCUUUUAAAGUGAAGGCGUUUGGUUGGAGACUUUUCCGAAAUAGACUUCCUACUUUAGAUCUCUUGGUGUGGUUGGAAAUUGCCGUUUGGGUGGGAAAAAAGGAGAAGGAUGAGGAAGAUUGCAAAGCUAAUUUUUUGGAGUGGUAUAACUUUUUCCGUUUGAAGAAAGUGACAAAAGGGAAGGAGAGAAUGAUUUGGCUUGAUUGUGUUUGGACUCUUUGGAUUCUUAGAAACAGUGUGCGUUUUCGGAAGGAUAGGUGGAGUGUUAACGAUAUUGUUUGGAAUAUUAAAUCUUUAGCUUGGAAGUGGAUGUUUUGCGGUAAAAUUACACAUCCCAAUUUCUCCUAUUACGAGUUUGUAACGGAUCCUUUGUUAUUCCUCUCGUUGUAG